UGAGAGAUUUCUGUAGUUAAAUAUAGCUUUGAAUUUACAGUCGGCUGAUUCGGUACGGAUUCCAUUUUAAAAUUUCUCGCAGUAAUUUGAUGUUACUCGUACCAAUCGACGUCAUGAGAUGGUGCGGGCCUGUUUCUUUGAAGCUGGUGAUGUGCUGGGAAUUUUGAACGACGCUGGAAAGUUGUGUUGAAUGUGUUUCGGUGAAGCGGUGAUUGGAGGCCGCGUGUCCGCAGCGGGCCACCGUCCGGCUGCUCGGACUCCGCGCUUUGCUGGGGACUCGAGUGCAGCUGGAGUCCGGGCUCCGGGAACCUGCUCCCAGGAGGAAGUAUGUCGGAUUCCGAGUUGGAGAAUUACUCGUCAGAGGAGGACGCGGAUUAUGAGCCUUCAGAUGAAGAUUACAGCGAGGAUGAUGUCAAUGAGCUUGUGAAGGAAGACAAUCUAGAUGAAGAUGAACAACCCCAGAAAAGAAAAUCUCUAAAGAAAGCAGGAAACGGAAUCUCCUCCAGAAAAAGAAACCUUGAGGGACGAUGUUUGCAGCUUGAUGUGGGAGAAGGAGAGGGUGACCAAACUGCUGACUCAACAGUGGAGGAUGAUUUGAAGGAAAAGAAGAAAGCGGAUGACCUGUGGGCCAGUUUCCUGAGUGAUGUUGGGCAAAAGCUUAAACCUGUACCCACUACUCCAACUUCCAGAAAAGAGGACAUAUUAGUAGAUCAAGGGAAGUUGAGCAAGCCUCAGGACAUAGUGAAAGACUCUGAGAAGCCCAAAGCAGCUGGAAAAGUCACAAUCACAAAGGUGUUUGAUUUUGCUGGAGAAGAAGUCAAGGUGACUAAAGAAGUGGAUGCUGCUUCCAAAGAAGCUAAAAUCUUUUUGAAAAACCAGAAUGAAGUUCAGGAAAAAGGUUCUCCAGCAGCACCAGCAACCAUGGAAGUGGGAGCUCCGACAGGUUCAGGAGUAAAGAGGCAAAGUGCGAUAGGUAACAUUCUGGGAAAGAUUGGAGGAAAGAAACAGAAGAUGAGCACCUUAGAGAAAUCAAAGAUCGACUGGGAAGCCUUCAAAGAAAAGGAAGGGAUUGGUGAUGAGCUUGCAAUCUAUAACCGAGGAAAAGAAGGAUACAUCGAACGGAAAGCUUUCUUGGACAGAGUCGAUCACCGGCAGUUUGAGCUGGAACGUGACAUCCGGCUCAGUAACAUGAAGCCGUGACAUUAAUCUCUCAGAAGUCUGUUGUUUAAUGUAAAUGUGUAUCUGAACUACUCAGCACAUAUUACCAGUGCCCCAGGAGGCAAUGGUUUGUGACUGUCCCACAUGUACUGUAAGCAAUGUCCAGCCUUUUCCUUCCUGUGGAUUCCAUUGCAUUUUUAAUUGUUAACCUUAUGUUAAAGAUUUUUUUUUAAAUGAUCAAUAGAUAGUUGGAUAGUGACUAAUAGUGGGUCUUGACUAUUUUUUUCUCUUUUUAUGACCGCAGCAAGUUCAAUGAGGUGACAAAGAUCAUUGCAUGUUUUAGAACUUAAUACUUGGCAAGACUCUUACAUCGAUGUUAUUUGGUGACAGUACUGUUAGAUUUUGUUCUACAAGGACAAAAAAAAUUGUACUUUAGUUCUGUGAAUUCUUUUAAUAUCUGCAAUCUCAAUCAUGACAUUGCCAAUGUGUCUAUACAAAUUAAAAUGAAAAUUAAUUUGA